AGAAACGAUCAUUCACUGAUUCAGUCAUAAGAUGAUAGGUUAGUAACACUGUGCACAUGUAUUGUACAGUGUUUUUAGUGUUACUGAACCAUAAAGGGCCUAUGGCAGAUAAACCCUGUGUGAAGCAGGUUAGGCUCGUUCAGACCAAAAUGUAAAAUUAAAGAGAAAAUAGGAGGGUCGUCAUGUGACACAAUUUGUCUCUUGAUAUAUGUAUGGAUUAUUUUGGACGCCUUGAUUAAUCUUCAAAGACGAAGUCAUGGGUGCAAGAGGGGAUGUCGAGGUCACCAGAAAACUUCUCUCAUCAACCACCAGUUAUGAGGACAGUGGAGCACAUACUGAUGUUAUUCUACAACAGAGUAGGGACUUUACUGAAGAAAAUAGGACAUCCUCCUGUAAAACUCUGAUGAAUUUACUGAAAGGGAACAUUGGUCCGGGAAUCCUGGCUCUUCCAAUAGCAUUCAAAUAUGCAGGAUUAUGGGCUGGUGCCGUAGGCUUGUUUAUGCUGGGGUAUAUCUCUCUUCAUUGUCAACAUAUGCUGAUGACAUGCAGUGACAUUCUGAAAGAAAGACCUAUAUCCAUGGGUGAGCGAUUGGGGUAUGCAGGAGUUGUGGAGAACUGUCUGGCCACUGGACCUAUCUUCUUUCGGAAAUUUCAAAAUGCAGGAAGAGUGAUGAUCAAUGUCUUCCUGAUUGUGACACAGCUAGGGUUUUGUUGUGUUUAUAUUGUGUUUGUGGCCCAAAAUUUUAGACAGGUGUUACUGGGUAGCAACAAGGAGAAUGGAGAGCUCGACCUGAUCAUCAUGGGGAUCGAGCUAAUUGUCGUCAUCAUCUACUGCACCACAAUACAGACUCUGCAUGGACUCUCCUACUUCUCCUACGUCGCUAACUUCCUCAACUUUGCCGGCCUUAUCUUUGUCUUGUACUACGUGGUCCAAGGUUCUCCGCCUCAGAGUGAAAGGCCUGCGUUUUUGGGCUGGUACGACAUGCCCAUGUAUUUUGGAACUGCUGUGUACGCUUUUGAGGGUAUUGGUCUGGUGAUGCCAUUGAAGAACAAGGCAGCUGAUGAGUGGGACUUCAGCAGGAGGUGCGGACUCCUGUCCCUGGGGAUGACCAUUGUCAUAGCUCUGUACAUUGCCAUCGGGUUUCUGGGAUACUUGAAGUAUGGAGACCAUGUUUUAGGGAGCAUCACUUUAAAUUUGCCAGCAGUAGAUAUGUUAUCACGGUUGACCAAGAUAACCUUCGUUGUGUCUGUGUUUGUCACCUAUGGACUUCAAUUUUAUGUUCCUGUUAAUAUACUGUGGCCAAAAAUAGAACACAGACUCUCGAGCCCCAGAGCCAAAUCUGUCGGCAAUGUCGUCUUUCGAAUUUUGCUUAUUUUAUUUACAGGUGCAAUAGCCAUGGUGAUUCCACAUCUGGACUUACUGAUAGCUCUGAUUGGUGCACUGGCCAGCAGUUCGCUGGCUCUGAUAUUUCCACCGAUCAUUGAACUGUUAACAUUAUCGGCAGAGGGCAAUCGCCCCUCCGUGUUAAUCAUUGUGAAGGAUGUGGCCAUUAUGUUGUUGGGACUUCUAGGUUGUAUCACCGGAACGUAUGCCGCAAUCCUAGGAAUCGUAAACGUUUCAUGACCUGUGAGAUUAUCAGCUAUUGUGACGAGGCAUUCAUUUUGUUUACCUAUUCCACGAAUAUGAUGUCAUUGUAAAUUUUCAUGUUUAUCGUACUGUACUUGCUGAAAACAUUUUCAUAUAUACCAGGUAUACACUAUAUCCUAAAAUUUUUACAUCAAUUUGUAUUUAUUAACAUCCGUUUAUGGGUAAUUCAGCUUCACAAGUGAAUGAUAAUUUGAAGAUGUAAAAUAAUUUGUAUCUAACUGAAUUUUUCAUCAAAAUUGUGAAACAUUCUCAUUUUCUGUAAAUGAGUACUCAGCUGAAUCUCAAAAGCUUACUUAGAAGUCUUAUUUACAUUUUUGAUGUAAUGGAUACUCAAUUAUUCCUUUUCUUGUAAAAUGAUGCUGAUUUAUGUACAAAUUAAAAUCCUUAGCUUUCUUUCUGGUGAGUUUUCAGAUACAAUGAGUACAAAAAACAAUUUUAUGCAUUCAAUACAUGUACUUUAAUUUAUUUUCUACAUACAUGAAAAUGUUAUUGUACUUGUAUGUAUAUAUCUUCAUACAGUGUAUGUAUUCUUGCUUUUAAUAAAAAAUUAAGUGCCUUGGUAAAUUAACACCCACAUAACUAGUCAUAAUGUACACAUGCAUGCACUGAAUUUUGAAUUGAGAAAUUUGGAAUGGGGGUGGGGGGGGGGGGGGAGGAAGCCAAUGUUCAUUUUUAUGAAAAAUUUAAAAUUAAUUUAAAACCUUGUAAUUUCUUUUUACACAUACAAUGGAUAUAUAAUUAUCAUAUUAUUACUGUGAUAUACUAGUAAAAUAUCAUUACAGAGAAAAAUCAGAAAAGAAAUCAUGCUCACAGGAAAGUGGACUUGAUAAGUAUAAUAACAUUUAUUUAAUUACACACAAAAUUGCUUGUCCCUAGCUUUUCACUGUUAGCUUUUAUAUUACUUUGGAUUAUUUCUUAUGUAUGUUAAAUUAUUUUAUAUAUAGUUUGUCACAUAUGUCAAGUUAAAAUCGUAAAAUACCUAGGAUUAUGGAUGGGUAUACAUGUAUGAUGAUAUCUGUUAAACUAGUGCUUAACACCCUUUUUAUUGGCAAUUAUGAUAAAUGAUUAAACAGGUAUACAUUUUGUAAACAUAUUAAAAUUCAAAAUGCGCAUUUAUCUGGAACAUGAUAUGAUUUUCUGCUUGUUGUUUAGCUGGUAAUUAUUUUUACACAUGUACAUUAUCAACUCAAAUUUUUUUCCAAUAUGCAAUAAAUUCUUAUGGAUAUUGUU